UGCCCCAGAUGUUGGCUACACUCACGAUGUAAAAUACCUGGUGAUCACUUUUUUCUAUGUGUUAGUGCGGUUGUCAUUUUAUUUUGGAAUAACAGAGAGACGUGAAGAAGAAAAAACAUAAACAAAUGACGUUUCGGGAGUUGCUUUUAUGAAAAUAUUUAGAGUUGGUUCUGUUUGCGAAAAUAUUGGCAGUGAAAUGCGGUGUUUUGUUCCGGGAUGUUUCAAUCGUUUUCAUCACCUGCAUUUGAAAUGCCACCCACAGCACAAUCACUCCAUUAUUCAUAAUAACUUUAAUAGAUACCACAGUGCGAUCCGCCAAAUCCUUCCUCCAACGAAAUGAACAGAAUCGGAUGUGUGUAAAAUUUUUUAUAUUUCGACGUUACCUUGCAAGCCCUUGAAGAAAAAAUGUCCAGAUUUUCAAUUAGUGCCAAAGAUUCGCUAGGCUGCGCGACAACUGGAGUAACUUAGAAGUGAAAUCCCGAUCUGAAAUGGUCGUUUGUUUAUGUUUACAUGCAUGAAUCCCGGCGCGCCAUACUUAAUUUCGUGAGAAAAUUACCAACACAACCAAAACUGUCUUAUCACGCCACCAGUAUAUUUUACGUCGUGGGCUACACUAUUACUUGCUGGAGCGCCUUAUCCUUGCCACCGGGCUGCUGCGGACCGUCUGAAUCGUACAUAAAGACUAAAGCAUCGAGCGUCGAAAUAAACACAUAUUGAAAGUUGAUUAAACGGCUUGAAUGUAAACUUCUACGUGUAUAUUUUAAAUUUUUAACAAUUAAACGUGAUUACGAUUUGGUGCAUCGCAAUGUCUGCAGCUUGCAUCAUUUGCAAUAAUUCACCGGAUAAGAGACCAGAUUGUAUACUCUUUACUUUUCCUGAUAAAACUGAACAAUCAAUCGAAUAUCAAAAAUAUUUAGUGGCAUGUGAUAUUGACGAGUCAUGCCUAUCCAUCAAUAAAGCCCCGCUUUAUAUUUGCUCAACACAUUUCGAGCUCAAUUGUUUUGACGAUAGUUGUGCGGAAAGAAUUACCUUGAAGGAAGGAGCUAUUCCUAGUUUGAAUAUGGAGAGGAUCGAAAUCGAGGCUUAUGUGGAUGAAGAUUUUCAGAUUUUGGAUGAGUACAUGCCGUUAUUUAACAUUAAGCAGACCAAAGUGGCAUCAGAACCGUCGGUUGAUCUAACGAUAGAAGAUAAUGAAGAACAUCCAAGAGUUGAAACUUUACUUGUUCCGAAACCAGAACCAAUAGAGGAUACAAUUGAAGAAGCAUUCAUUUGCGAUGCCAAUGAAGUUAAAACAGAGGCUCCAGAUGCGGAUGAGGGUGUUCCGGACCCGUUCGAUGAUGUAAAUCCGUCUACAGAUGAAAAAUAUUGUAUUUUAUGUGAGGACAACGAAAUCAAGAACCCUUCAUGUCGACUGUACGUUUUCCCUCGUAAAAUUCCAAAAAUUUACAAAAAGUGGAUGAUGGCUGCUGGUUUGGAUUUCGAAGAAUUCAAAACCCGCGACAUUUACAGCUGCAAUCGACAUUUUCCAGAGAACGGGUUUUUUGUAGGUGGCAAAUUUAUUCAAAGUUGGGCUACCCCGAGUUUAAAUUUGCCUAUCAGAAAACAACCAGCUGAAGCUUCAAGACCUUCAACAAUAUCAGCAUCACAAUUUACAGUUGAUUCAACAUCUGCGAAAGAUAAACCGGCUGGGGCAAAAAUCAUUAUUAAAUCAAAUCCUCAAAACAGAAAAAACGCCGAAGCACUAAAUAUAGACCCGGAUAGUUAUGCGCAAACGUUUGCCAAAGUUGUAAUGGAAUUGAUGCCGAAAAAAAUCAAUUAUAAUGGAGAGGACCGCCCGGUCACUGGAACGAUUGUUUUUCAUUCUAACUUAUUCUAAAUUAAAGGCUAUUUUUAAUCAGAUGUGUUAAAUCUAAGAACUGUCGGAAUAUUAUUAAUUCAACUGAGCUGAAUAAAAAAUUAACACAUUAGCAAAUUUAUAA